CUCCCCCGUGGACCAGAGACGCGGACCCGCAUUUCUUUCGCCCAGCGGAAUCCCAGGAUCCCAUAAAGCCGAGUUUAGUUUUGUUUUUUCAUUUGCUCUUUGCAGAGAUCUAUAGAACACUGCAGAAGUGUUUCCUUGGAAGAGCAGUGGUUGCACUCAUCUCAUUUCCACCAAGUAGAAAAUGGCAAGAAGUCCUACUGUUCCUUGGGUCAUCAUACCAUCUCUCUUCCUCUUCCUGGCUCAUGGCAUCCACUGUUUUUUCUUGCCCAAUGCCACCCAUUUGGAAAGCAUCCUUAAUCAAUACCAGAGUGGGCAACCCCACUCAAGGGCCAAGAGAUCAAUUUCCCAGACAGACCAAGAAGAGAUUCUGGUGCUUCACAAUAAAUUGAGAGGUGAAGUCUAUCCAUCAGCAUCCAACAUGGAAUACUUGAGAUGGGAUGAGGAACUAGAGAGAUCUGCCGAGUCUUGGGCUCGCCAAUGCAUUUGGGACCACGGACCCGCCACACUCCUCCGAUCCAUUGGUCAGAAUUUGGCUGUUCACUGGGGAAGGCAUCGUUCCCCAACUUUCCACGUCCAGUCUUGGUACGAUGAAGUAAAAGAUUAUACCUACCCAUAUCCCCAUGAAUGCAACCCUUGGUGUCCUGACAGAUGCACAGGAUCCAUGUGCACACAUUACACCCAGAUGGUCUGGGCUACAACGAACAGAAUUGGCUGUGCUAUAAAUGUCUGCAAGAGGAUGGACGUGUGGGGCGAGGUGUGGGAAAAUGCCGUGUAUUUGGUCUGCAACUAUUCUCCCAAAGGCAACUGGAUUGGAGAAGCCCCCUAUAAAAAUGGCAGAUCGUGUUCUGAAUGCCCACCUAGCUACGGAGGAGGAUGCCAGAGUAACCUCUGUUACAAAGAUGACCGCUAUGUGCAAAAACCUGAGACGGAAGAGACAAAUGAAGUGGAGACACCUCAAGUGACCGAGGACAAAAAUGUCUGGAAACCUGAAACAAUACAACCCAAAUCCAUAAAACCUGUGAAGGAAAAGAAACCGACGGAGGUGACUUACAUGACUCAAGUGAUCAAGUGUGACACCAAAAUGAGGGAUAAAUGCAGAGGAUCCACAUGUAAUAGGUAUCUGUGCCCAGCUGGUUGCUUGAACAGUAAGGCAAAAGUGUUUGGAAUCUCCAGCUAUGAGAGUUCAUCCAGCAUAUGUCGGGCGGCUAUUCAUUCUGGAGUAUUAGAUAACAGAGGAGGCUUGGUAGAUAUCACUAGAAAAGGAAGGUCGGACUUCUUCAUAAAAUCUAUAAGAAAUGGUGUUGAAUCAUUCAGCAAAUACAAACCUUCCAACUCCUUUGCUGUGUCCAAGGUCACAGUGCAGACUUUGGAUUGUUACACCACAGUAGAAGAGCUGUGUCCAUUCAAGAAGCCAGCCACUCACUGCCCAAGGUCCUACUGUCCAGCUUACUGCAAAAAUGAACCAAACCACUGGGCUCGAGUAUAUGGCACAAACAUUUAUGCAGAUAAUUCCAGCAUCUGCAAAGCUGCUGUGCAUGCAGGGGUCAUCGGAGACAGUUCUGGUGGUUAUGUGGACGUGAUGCCUGUAGAUAAGAAGAAAAUCUACAAUGGAUCCUUGAGGAAUGGGAUCCGCUCUGAAAGCUUAAAGACUCCCAGGGAAGGAAAAGCUUUCCGAAUCUUUGCUGUGAGGCAAUAAGUGUUCAAGAUGGGGAGACUAUUUUUGUGGAAAGAGAAUGCAGCAGAGUGCCCCUCCUUGGGCAAGAGGUGUUUGCCCCAGCAUGUACCAUGAUGAAGCCCUCUAAAUCAACAUUCUUCUGGGGAAGAAAAAGAUGGCAGCAGGAAUCUUAACGUUCUGCUUCCCAUCAGCAUCUGCUCACUGUUUUAUUUUAGGUCUGUUGUUGUUGUUUGUUGGUUUUACUUCCAAAUGUGUAGAACAUUCAGAAAAAGGAAGAUGGUUCCAAUUUAUGGGAGAAUAUGGUUAAAAACUUGCUUGCCCCACCCAUCCUAUGUACUGCUUUGCCCCAAACUAUAGGCCAUUGGGGUUCAUGGAAUAAUACUUCCAGAGGAUGAAUGUAUAUCUGCUCAGUAGGCUUUGGAUGAGAAAACAGAAAGAAUUUAUGUCACCCCAAUGGCUAAGUUUUUGAAAGGGUAGGUCACAGUCAAGAAUGUACCCAAAAUCCAAGUUGCGAUAUCUUGACUGGAUGGAAUUAUGGGAUGAUUUAGGUCAGAUUAUGUGCCACACUAAAAGAAUAGGUACAGAUUUUUCUGUGGAUACUGGAAGGUGGUAUUGAAUUUUCAGGAAAGAAUCUGCCUUCCAAAAGAAUGGAAAUGGAGCAGUUCCUCUCAAAGAAAGCCUAAAUGAGAUAAAUAGGUUUGCUGGCCAAACAAUUGCAGGAAGUUAGGAAAAUGGGGUUUAUUAACACAAAAUUAAAUAAUUGGGACUCCUGUCCUGGCACAUUCUGAUUCAUGGUAUGUUAGUUAGCAUUGUUUAAUGUACAAAUAAAUGCAAGUUAUUUUAUUCAGCAGAGCUGUUAGAGCUUAGCUAAGCAAUGAUUUCUGAAAGUUGAUCUUUAUUUUGCUGGAAUCAAAAGGGUUUUGCUUUACAUUUUUAUUUGUAUAGAUUGGAGACUUGAUGUAUUAGGUUGAUCACAACAUAUAUAUUAUGAAGUCCUGUUAGACCAGUUCUCCUUUCUUAUAUGCUGUAUGAAUAGUUCAUAUACAAAUCCCAACUGUUCUCCUAGUGAAAUGGUUGUAAAGUCGUCCUAUUUUAAUCCAAUUCUCUGAAGGCUUAGAUUUUUAAGGACUUAGCAUUCGCCUAAAACCUUGAACUCAAUCUUAAUUGGGAGCCAAAGGAAUGCCUUCUGCCAAUCUGGUGCAAUGCUGGCCAUACUGUCUUGGAAAAUUGGACUCUGAUCCCAUUUUACAAAAGGACAAAUAUUGUAACUUCAAUGUGCAAUUUCUAUUUAUUUAAAGUUCUUGAUUUUAGUGGUCAGUGGCUCUUUUAAAACACACACACAACACCACCCAAAUAAUACACAGGACUAAAUGGUUGCUAUAAGUGGGCUAGAUUUUGGGUUCCUAAACCAAAAGGGUUACUUGCCAGCUAUGGUGCUACAGUGGUGCUAAAUAAGAUCAGGAAGAUCUUUUUGAUUCUACAUCUGCUCACGGAUUCAUCCAGGAGGAAGUGGCUCAUUUUUCCACUGUUUUUUGACAUUUAUGUCUGGGGAAAAAAAAUCAGCAUAAUCACAGUAUGGCUCCAAGGCAGUGUUUCUCAACCCUGGCAACUUUAAGAUGUGUGGACUUCAACUCCCAGAAUUCCCCAGCCAGCAUAACUAACCAGCAUGGCUGGCUGGGGAAUUCUGGGUGUUGAAGUCCACACAUCUUAAAGUUGCCAAAGUUGAGAAACCCUGCUCUAAGGCAUCGUACUGAGAUGGGUGGGGUGGGGGAUUGUCCAUCCUCUACGUAAUAUUAUGUAUCAAGGGUGGGAGAGGAGAGUUAGUGUGUGUAUAUUGUUCUAUUUUAAGGCCCUCUUUUUAUGGUCCGGAGAAUCGGACUCCCAGAUUUCACUGGCAGAGUGUCAGGAAAUGGAAUCACAUUUUGGAGGUAAGCAAAACCAGUUCUUUGAGACAUCAGAUAGGAUAGGCUUCUAAAUGCCUAAAGAGGCAAAACAGAUACAGAAACAUGGGGGGUGGGGGGUGCCACCCCCUUAUGCAAUGUCAUCACCCUAACGACUGCAUUCCUCACAUGCCCAAGAGAGAUUACAGAAACAGCGUAAUCUCCAGUUACUAAAAGGUAGCUCAUCCUUGUGGUAUGUUGAUUAUCAGACAUGCUGAAGAACAUAGGUUAGGUUCCAUUUCUAAACUAGUCUCCUCUAUGUCUGGCGAACAAUUCUGAAACGGAUGCAAAGAGGUCAGAUUGCUCUGAUCAGUCCUCAAUCCAGUUUGGUCUCUAGUGUGAAUUCGUACAAGCCAAUAGAGGAGUGGAUUUUGAUUCUGUUCCCAGAUUCAACAGCUUAGAAGCCUCAGACUGAAUCAGAUGAUUUAAAUCCAUUCAGACCAGUUUUUGUUUUUUGCGUAUUUCCAAAACGUGUGUGUGUGUGUUUCAUGAAAUGGUUCAAUAGAUCAGAAAGAGAUGAUUUACACAGCCCUAACAAGCAAUUGUGUUGCUCCUUUGCCUGGUUUCAUCACUAUCUAUGGGGAAUGAAAUAACAGGGUGUGAAUAAAAUAUGGGCAUUUUCAUUUUUAUCAAAAAUAUAUUUAUGGGUGCCACUAGAUAUGAAAUGACUAGAUAAAGGAAAAGAAUUUCCCUGCUGCAUUAAAAUUUAUCUGUUUUAAAGCAUAUAUAGAUCUGCAUAGAUCAUAUCUGUAGGCAGCAAAAGCCUGCAGUUUUUGUAUAUUUGCUUUUUUUUUCUAUGAAAAACGAUGUAUUUUUUACUGUAUCCUCUGUAAAAAAAUAUUUUCUCUAAAGGGCUUGCAUGAGCUUUUUAAUGGGCUGAAUUAUUGUAUUUCCUUUUGAUAAAUACAUUUUCUUCAACCAAUUAUCUAUCCAUUGAAAGAACCAAAGUCUUACUAUUUUGUGUUAUGACAUUUGUGGAAAUAAAACCUUUGGAACUGCGUGGA